UCCAUUUCAUGCCUUGUGACUCAAGACGUUUGCUGAGUGGCCUCUGGAAAGAUGUCUGAUUUCCACCUUCAUCAUCAGAUGAACUACAGGCAGAUUCUGGUGGAGACCAUUCACUUAUUUUGUGAUGUAAGGGGAGAUGGCACAGCUGGACGUCUAUUAAAUCUGCCACCUUAACAGGCCUGGUGGGCCACUAAAGCCUAGAAGAAUGGGCAAUGCCCACUUUGUCCUACAUCAGGUAGUUCAUGUGCUCUUCAUUCUCUGAUCUCACUCCACCUUGCCUUUCUUCCAGCUCCAGUGCCUCAAGUUAGAUCAGAAAGAAAAUUCAACCUGCUGAAGAUGCUGUUGAUCUUCUAUGUUCUCCUAGUGGCCGCCCCCAUAUUCUUUUCUAUUUACUAUUUCAUAACAUUAAAUCACAAGGAGCAAGAACUGGAAGAGUUAAGAAUUGCAUAUUACAACUUGACCAGUAACAACAGUGCUCUGUUGGCGGCUCAUGCUAUCCUGCAGUCCAAAUAUGAAAGAAACAACAGUUAUCUACAGGAAAGUCGAGAUACCCUGCAGUCUCAGUAUGUAGCUCUGAAUAAGAAGCAUGAAGAACUGGCCAAAGAGUUCAGUAAACUGCAGGAAUACUACUGUGAUGGUACAAACACAUCUCACGUAAACACUUGCCCGCUAUGUAAACUGGGCUGGAUCCCCUUCAGUUCCAAGUGUUACUUCAUCUCCACUAAGACAAAGACCUGGAAUGAGAGCCAUGAUUGGUGCCUGACAAAGGGUGGACAACUAGUGAAUAUAGAAAACUCAGAGGAGUGGGUAUGUCAUUUAUGCAGGUGGAUUUAAGAUGACUGUCUUGAAAAACUACAUACUGUAAGUUAAACUGUCAGGAAAAAAAAGCUUUGAAAGUGCAUCAGAAGAACAAUCCCAGAAAACCUAAGCUGAAGUUGACUCAGGUCAGCAUGUUA